UCAAACUGGGAUUUCAAGUCACCAGAAAUUUACUACUCCUCUCUUGCUCGUGACUUUGUUUGAUUACAAGUUUUGGUCAAGAAUUUGGAGUUUAAAGAAGAUAAAUAUGCAUCAUUUGCAAGUUAAAAGUAACCUUGUUGAUUCAAGUUCAGAUACAACUAAGCUUGCCUUUGCUGGCAAUAACCAGCCUCUUUGCCCUAAACCUCGCCGGCUCGGACAUACAUUGCCUGAAUUUCUCCGGCCUCUUAGAUGUAGCAAACACAGCCAACCUAUUUCUGAUGGAAGAAGUGGAAUUCUAAAUCUAAUUACCGAUAAGGCAAUUGAUGGUAAAGAAUCCAUAUGCAUUGGGUGUUCACCAUCUUGUUACUCAGGAUCUCCUCCAAGAAGAACAGAUAAUCCUUUGAUUCAUGAUGUCCAAUUUUAUUCAUCGAAUGGAGCUUCUUUCGCCAUUUACGCAAAUCAGACAUUUCGAUGAGUUUGGUUUCGUCUCGUAAAUUAAAAAUGGGAUUUCUUGAAAUGGAAUUUGUUGCCCUAGAUGUGUCUUUUUUAAAUUGGGCAGCUUUUGUAGUGUUGUUUAAUUAGUGUAAGCAUUCUUUAUCUUUUUUUUUUUUUUUAAAAGAACUUACUGUUCUUUUUCCUACCCCAAUCUUGCAUUGUGGGUCUCCUUCUGUAAGUACCAUGAGUUGGACAGAACCUGUCUUUGUAAAUAUUGUUAAAUUCUAAAGCUUGAGCAAUUAAUUUAAGCCACAAUUUUUUUAAA